CUCAAAAGAAGGAAGCAAAAUGGAGUUACCUCUGGAUGAGGAGGACGGCACUUUCACCAACAUUUCUUUGGCAGACGAUUCAGAACCUCUCUCAAGAUUACACUGUUCAAAAGUGGAAAGCGCCCGUUCUACAAUGAUGAAUGCUGACAUGGAUGCUGUUGAAGCUGAGAAUCAGGUGGAGUUAGAGGAGAAAACACGGCUUAUUAAUCAAGUUUUGGAACUUCAGCACACACUCGAAGAUCUGUCAGCACGAGUAGACGCUGUCAAAGAAGAAAACUUGAAACUGAAAUCAGAAAACCAAGUUCUUGGACAGUAUAUAGAAAAUCUGAUGUCAGCAUCUAGCGUUUUCCAAACAACUGACACAAAAAGCAAAAGGAAGUAAGGGUUGAUUCACAGACAAUGUCAUUGUACUGCUGCUGUCUUUUUUGUUUUAAUUGGCAUAGGCUACAUGAGCUAAAUAACUUAGUUUGUGGCUUUACUGGAUACCUGAAGAUUGUAAGCUUCAGUGAUAAACAGAAUUAAGAGCAUUAUCAUGAACAGGAGACAAGUUUGUGUAUUGUUAAGAUUACGCAAUGUGCAAGUGUAGUGUAGAAACUAACUAGAUUUUAAUAUUUAUGUUUUAAAAAUGAACAUAUCUCGUUAAACUGGAGUCAGUUUUUCAGGUUAAACAAACGUGUCUGUUGGCUACCUUUGACAAGGUUUUAGGGUAGUGUUCUUGACUAGCAAAAUCAUACAAUUAUAAAAUGGAAGUGUUAAACUUCAAAUAUUUAUGUCAAAUAAGGUUUCAAUUGCCUCACCUUUUUCACCUCAAAUAUACUUAGAUCGCUAUAUAGUACUAUCCAUAAUCUCUGCCAAGCAACUUUAAACAAAAACCUGUAAACUAGUUGGUUGUUUCUGUGACGUAAAACAGUAUAACAUUUUCUGCAGGGCUUGCAGAUGUGAUUAUUUUUCUUUUGAUACAGAAAAAGAAUUAAGAUUUUUGGGAGGGGGAGGGUAAGGGAAAGGGGAGCAUGGAUAAGCUAACUCACAUCAGGGAAAUACUGAACUGAUGCAAUAUCAGACUGUUUGUAAUUUGUAAGAUGCACACUUCAAACCAUUUUCACUCCCCUAGUUCCUCAAAGAACGAUCAGGCACUGCAUCAUAAUGCCUAAUCUUCCAGGAGGUUUUCAGUUGUGUAAUUAAGCGUUACAAAAAUGAUGAAUAAUAAGCUUGACAGAAACAGAAAGCCAACGAUGUUCCUCUUGCUCCUUCUGAAAAAUCUGCAGUGGAGGAGUUGAGGAAAAAAAAAAAAAAAAUCUUUCCUUGCCACCUUUUACCUUCCUCCUGAAGCGCCAAACCUGUCUUAGCGUCAGGCCUUAGAGGAACUGUUCCUGCCACAAAGCCUAAGCUUGUAAAGUACCUCUUGAGGCAUAACACAAAACCAUCUAAGGUAGAAGAGGCGACAGUAGUGGAGGUGGCUCUGCCUCUCAAACUGAGCUGCUCCAGGCGGUGCCUAAUGUCAAGGUGUCCUGCCUUAUGCUGGCUGGGCUGUCUUUUAUUAGGCUUUGUAGGGGCGCUCAGCCCUCAUGGUCCUCAGCACUUCCCAGAGAGAGGACACAUCUAGCAAAACCAGUAGUAAUAAAAAAAGCAGAAGCUGAAAUACAAACAACAAUGUAAGUUUUAUCAUUAUUAAAAGUUGCAUCUGGUUCAUCUUGCCAAUAGCAGCUUACCAGACUUGCUUACGGAUGUUACCCAAAACUUAUGUCUGGCUCUUAGGUAAUGAAGCCAUUUUACUUUAACAAAAGGAAUCAUUAGUUCAAGGUUCUCUUUCAUCUUUGCUAUGACAGAUUCUGAAAAAUAAAGCUGCAGGAAUUGCAUGAGCAAGCGGACGUAAUGGUAGAAUAAACCCAGCUCAAAAAAACGCAAGUUUCUCAGCAGCUAAGCACUGCUCUUUCUCAAUUGCAAGCAGACCUUGUGAGGUUCCCUUCCCCUGAGAGAGGUCUCCCAAUUUAUCUUCAUUUAAAAUGGCUGUAUAGCACUUACUUAUUAUUGGAGUGUCAGCCCAAAUGACUGCAGAUAAAGUCCUAAUUAUGUCCUAAGGGUUGGUUAAAAGUUUGAGUCAAGAAACCUAAUUAUGACAAUUUUUGGGGUAGUGGUGGGAAUUCUGCCUACCAAGGCACAAAUGGCUGAUCCCAUCUAUGUGAUGGGGGGGGGUCCUAUAAACAUCUAAAAUUAUUUUAAUCAUCUAUGGACUGUUCUCUUUCCUUUUACUGCCUAUUUAGAGCUCUGACUACAUCCAAGAACUGCUAGGAGGUAGAAUUAAUCACCUGGCUAGUACCUACUUGAUGUCUUAACGGUUUGAGGAUUAAAACAAACAAACAAAAACCCACAAAUGAGCACUUCUAAAAAAUUACAUUUCAUUAUAGCCAUCCUAGUGUAAAAGCCAUGUCACUAAACAUUUUCCUCUGCACUGUAAGAGAUACCUACCAAUGUCAAGUGGUAACAGAGCAUGCACUUGUUAAACUUCAGCAAGCCUCCUGAGACCAAGUAAUCUUAAAAUCAUGGUUUUGUAUUGUAAUACUGGAUAGUGAUAUUUUACCCAUCUAUGUAUAUAGCAGUCAUUUAAUGUAUAAACAUUUAACAGCCCACUAUUGUGGCCUUCAUUUAACUUAUGACCAUUUAAAAGAUGUUGUAUUUCUGACUUUACACUAAAUAAAAGCUUUUGAUUUGUCUGAA